AUGAAACACAUCAAAACAAAGUUAAAUUCUUGUUAUGACCUUUUCCAGAAUGGCUUGAGUGGGUUUGGAUGGGAUUCAACAACAAAUAUGUGGAUUACCGAAGAUGAAGUUUGGAACAAGCUAAUUGACGCAAAACUCGAAGCUGCUGAAUGGAAAAACAAGCCAAUAUUAUUUUAUGAUAAAUUGGCCAAACUUUUUGGAAAAGAUCGAGCAACAAGAGAGCAUGAAGGUACAAUUGCUAAAAUGAGAGCAAAAAAGGCUGCAAAUGUUGAAAAAAGUCAUGGCACAACCAUCGAAGAAAUAGACCACUUAGUUGAAACUAAUGAAGUUAUUUUGGAGGGAUUUGAUGAUGAUGAACAUCAUUCCAACAAUUCUCCUACAAGGCCUUAUAUUACUAAUUCUCAAGAUGUAUCAUCAUCUAGGACUAAGAAGCGAGUAAAGAAGGUUAUUGAAGAUGAUACAAGCAUGAUUGAGAUUUCCAAAACUUUCAAAAAAAUGGUUGAUGUGUUUGAAAUGAAUUCCAUGGAACUAGUCAAACAGAGUAAAAAUGCUAAUGGUGAAGAUAUUUGGGCUGAAUUCGUCGAGAUUGGGGUUGAACCAAGUUCUUUGUCUCUUGUAUACAUGUACCUUGUUAAGAAUGCCGAUGCAUUGAAAGCUUUUAAUGGAAUUUCAAUCGAUAAGCGGAAGGAAAUGUUACAUCUCAUUGUUCCAGACUAUCCCUUUUGA